CUUGGCUUUCCUCCUUCCUCUCGAGGUUCAUCUUGUACCUAUCCUUCUAGAGUCUUCCUCCUUGACUCGCUGUCUCGUCUCUGCUCAUCUUACAGUGCUUCCCCUCUUUUCGGUCUCCUUCCCACAAGGCUAGGCCACUCCCUCCCCACUACAAAGUCUACGCAAGGUGCAAGAUUCAGGGUGCGAAUCCAUCAAGCGUUGAAUCUUUUUCCUUCGUUGUGACCAGAGGCUCGUUUGUUGUUUGAUUUGGUUCGGUUCCGCUGCAAACGAUGUCGACAUGGAACGAGUUCACAGAUGAGGCCAUCAAGGUUUGUGUUCAGGCAUGCAAACACAGAAAAAGGACGCGGUCUACUUCAGUGCGUUCCUCUUCAACUUCCGCCAAACGACCGAAGACGAUGCCUGAGAAGGAUGAAUGCUCUCCGGUUGCCAGGAGUUUGGAGUAUGCAGAAUCCCCUUACUUCAACUCGGCGUUUCCGUUGCCAGAGCCGCCUUCCAACUACGUCUUGGAAGAAGACGAAGCUCUCGUCAGCGAAGCCUCCAGACGGAUUGUUGAGUUCAACCGUUUGCUCCGCUCCUUAGAGGAAGGCCCUGUCUAUGCAGGAGGACUAAGCCGUUAUUUCAUCUCGGAGCUUCUUCGCCGAAUCAGAGCAAGCGAGAGCGAUUCCGCUCCUGCGGCUUCUGCAUUUGCCAUCCACACGUUGCCGACCACAGAAGCUACCGGUAGUGAGACAUCGAUUGCGUGUGUGAUAUGCCAAGAGAACUUGAGUGGCACCCUCAAGCACAUGCCCUGCUCGCAUGGUUUCCAUCAAGAUUGCCUGGAAAAGUGGUUGCAACAGCACAACAGCUGCCCGACUUGUCGUUGUGAAAUCGAGUCGUGCUGUCCACGAUACAACACGUUUAACAGAAACAAGAUCCGUAGUGUAGUUCGUGCAGAGGCGAUGUACGAUGAGAACUAUCUCACGGAGACUCGUCCUCAGGAUGUGAUGCUUUCAGUCUGCAACAACGCUAGUGCACAGGAGCCUUCCGUUCUUCUUUCAAACGAGCAAGAGACUCACAAUGGCGAGGACGAAGCUUCAGAAGAACAAGUCAUUGCACGAUACCGCCAGUCUCUUGUUUCUGUCAAGCCUGUGAUGAUACAGUCGCGUGAUGCUGACUUCUUGCAUCUCCACAGAGAUGACGAAUUCUUUUUCUGAUUGUUUUGUGAAUACCGUGAUUAUUCUUUGGACUGUAGAGAAAAAAUCUAGCAAACCUCGGGAUUUAAUAAAUUGCAACUCUC